CAUAGUACAGGAGAUGACCAGAGACUGCGGACAUAGUACAGGAGAUGACCAGAGACUGCGGACAUAGUACAGGAGAUGACCAGAGACUGCGGACAUACUACAGGAGAUGACCAGAGACUGCGGACAUACUACAAGAGAUGACCAGAGACUGCGGACAUAGAGAUGACCAAAGACCCAAAUUUGACAGGUAUACGCUCCCACUUCCGCUGCGAUUGCAUCUCUCCCCGUAGUCUUCUGGGACACGUGACAGGUCCCAGAAGACUACAGGACCAUUCACAAAGCGCAGCGCUACGCACGCAUGCGCAGUGGGCACCUAGCUGUGAAGCCGCAAGCUAUUACAGCCGGGUGCCCACACUAAAGAUGAUGAGGUGAUGAGGACACCGCUGGACCGAGGAACAGGUA